CCCCCCGAUAACACCAAAAUGAAGCUUCGACUCCUUGUUGCUCUACUUCCUGUCGUGUUACCCUUCGUGCAUGGUGCCCCUGCCCGCCGGGAUACCCCCAAUCCGGGUCUUCGAGGAAGCGACUCACUAGUUGGAUAUUCACCAUCCAAUAAUGGUGGCAGUGACUCGCCACCCGACAUCAAGUAUACACUUCUUCCCGGGCAAAAGGAAGAUCCCAAAAUUGGUUCCUACCUCGAUUUUGAGAAAGCAGAUAAUCCCCAGCCUAUUCGUGGUACUACGGGUGGUGAUGAUCCUGGCCCGAGAAAUUAUUACUAUGACAAAAUCAAUAGUGAUAAACUGGCACCUCCUGGGACUGAUCAUGGGCAGACUAUCAAUGCGCAGUGGCCGAUGGGAUUGAGUCAUAACAGAUUUGGAAUUGAUGGAGCUGGCUGGGCUCGCCAAGAGAACACAAAUGUUAUGCCAGAUGCGACGCUCAUGGCUGGUGUUGAUAUGCGCCUGGCACCUGCCGGUUAUCGUGAGCUUCACUGGCACGUGGCCGCCGAAUGGUCCUUAGUGCUGAAUGGAUCGUGUCGAAUUCAGGCUGUGAACGAGAACGGGGAGACAUUUAUUGACGACGUUGCUGCCGGCGAUGUGUGGUACUUCCCACCUGGCGUUCCUCAUUCAAUUCAAGCCCUCGAUGAUGGAGUUGAGUUCCUUCUGGUGUUCGACGAUGGCGACUUUAGCGAGGAUAACACAUUCCUGGCAACAGAGGUUUUCCUCCACACCCCGAAAGAGGUUCUCUCAAAGAAUUUUGGAGUUGAUGUAGCAGCAUUUGAGAAGAUCCCCGACAAUGAACUAUACAUUUUCAAGGGCACACCCGCCCCAGCGGAUAUCGAGAAACAGAAUGUGACGACAACUGCUGGCCUUGUACCUCGGGCUCAGAGCUACUCAUAUCACUUUUCCGAGCAGCCGGCUCACGAGGUUGCUGGCGGGUCAGUUAAGAUUGUUGACCCGCUCACCUUCCCCAUUGCCCGAAAUUUCUCUGCUGCUGUUGUUACCGUUCAUCCAGGCGGCAUGCGUGAAAUUCACUGGCAUCCAACCAGUGACGAAUGGACCUUCUUUAUUUCAGGCAAGGGCCGGGCAACGCUCUUCACUGCCCCGAACGCUGCAACUACGUUUGAUUAUGCCGGUGGUGAUGUCGGCUACUUCCCCAAAUCCAAUAGUCAUUAUAUUGAGAAUACCGGUGAUGAAGACCUAGUCUUUGUGGAGGUGCUCCAGGCGCCCGAGUUCACGGAUAUGGCUCUUGGCCAAUGGAUCGCGUCCACGCCAAAACAAAUUAUUGCAGAUACACUCAAUCUUAGUGAGGACAUGCUCAAUAACCUGAAGACUGAGAAACAAUUUGUUGUCGCUGGUCCUAGCAGUUAG